ACCCACACCUGCCCCGAUCUAAACACGUGCCCCCUUCAGUUGCACCACGAGGUGCAACAAACUCUUACUUCAGCCCAAAAGGGACCCUAAAACAUGCUCUAUAAAUACCCUCCUAAAAGCAGAAAUGGUGUGUCCAAAGCAAUCGUACAAACGACGCGUUUCAACACUUUGGAAUUGAGGGAGAAGAAGAAGAUGGGGGAGAAGAAGAGCUCUCUGAAAUCAGCGGCGGUGGUUUUCGGUGCACUAGCCGCCGGAUGGCUAGCCAUUGAGCUCGCCUUCAAGCCCUUCCUCGACAAGGCCCGGGCCGCUCUGAAGAAAUCCGACCCGAAUUACGACCCGGACGAUGCCACCGAAUACUCGCCGCCGCCGCCGGACCUUGACCACAAUUCCUCCAUCUCCAAGGGAAGCGCCUGAUUCUCAUAGCCAAAGGUCAUUUGCUUCUCCGAAUCUGGAAAUAGAUUUCUCAUUGCUGUACUGUCUUAAUCAAAAAUAUCAUUUGAAAAUUGAGAUUUCAUCUGCUUAAUCGUGUUCUUCGAAUUCUGUUUAUGAUUUGUUGAAGAAGAAGUUUGUUUCUGCUCUGAGUGUCUACUUGCAGAGUUCUUUUGAGAAUCUAACUAAUAUUUUGGGAGUAUGUUUCUGGGAUUAGAAUUUGCAGAAUAAGCUUUAAGAAUCAAU